AUGCGGCAACUUUUUUGGAUUUCCCUAUUUUUGGGGUUAAUUGCCGCCGGGGUUAUCGUCAAGGAAUCGCCGGUGCCGAAGGAUGCGAAGCUGAAUCGACAUUUUAUUACCAAAGCGUUGAUGAGCUAUACCCGAAAUCGGGAUCCGGAAGUCCGAUCGGCAUCUUGUGGGCUCUGCCGACUUUUGGUGGAUUUUGUGCAAAUAGCCAUCAAAUCGAACCGGACUGAUGAGGCGAUUAUGAAGGACGUUGAAGCCCUUUGCCGGAACUUAAACGUCGAACAGCCCCACGUCUGCAAUUCCAUCGUGCAAAUGUUUGGCCCAGAAAUCAUUUUCGUACUGCAACGAGCGGUGUUCACACCGGAUGAGAUUUGCGGUGGACUGGUGGCCGAUUGCGGGCAUUCGGAAAAUCCUUUGCAAGAAAUGUGGAAUAUGACGAUUCCGGAGGGGAAACCUCCUGUAAAGCCAUGGCCUACGGUGCCGAGUGGCAAACCUACAAUGAGAGUCCUACAUCUGUCGGAUAUUCACAUCGAUCGUUGGUAUUCGGUUGGAUCGGAUUCGGAUUGUAACAAUGGAAAAGGAAUAGAUGCUUUUGGCACCUACGCCUUGUGCUGUCGCGAAUACCCACCAACCGCUGCAAACCGAGAGCAGAAGGCUUCCAAAUCUCCUGCCGGCCCAUGGGGAGCAACAGCUCGUUGUGACAUACCUUACCAAACUUUUGACAGUGCUAUGCGGUACAUCAACCGUACCGAAAAGUUUGACUACAUCAUGGUCACCGGAGAUUUUGAAGCUCACGACAUGUGGGACUACACGCGAGAACGCACCAAGGCCAAUAUUGAGAAUAUCACGGCUGUUUUGAGGGAAUAUUUUCCGCAUACCCCGAUCUAUCAAACCAUUGGAAAUCACGAGGGAGUGCCGAUGGAUGGAAUGCCUGCACAUACAAUGGAUGGCUAUGACACGCACAGCCCUGAAUGGUUGUAUAAGGAACUGGCCGAUCAAUGGAAACCCGACAUUACUGCGAAGGCGUACAAUGACGUUAUCUACCGCGCUUCCUAUUCGAUUUACAUCAAGCCCAACCUCAAGCUGGUGUCGUUAAAUUCGGUUUAUUGCUCAGCAUUUAAUUUCUUUAUGUACCUGGACCAAGUGCAUAUCAUCUCACAUAUUCCUACCGGUGAUGGCUACUGCUUGAAGGGAUGGGCGUCAAAUUACUACAAAAUUGUCAACAGAUUCGAAAAUACCAUCGCUGCACAAUUUUUCGGCCAUACCCACAAUGAUCACUUUGAAGUUUUCUAUGAAGAUUUCAACCCGAAAGGAAGGCCCACCCAUUUCAACUUUAUUGCCGGUUCCUUAACCACCUACGAUUUUAUGAACCCAUCAUACCGUAUCUACACUAUUGAUGGGGCAUACACUGGCAGCACCUACACCGUUAUUGAUGCCGAGACGUAUUGGGGUGAUGUGAACGAGGCUAAUAAGAACAAUAGGGAGCCCGAUUGGAAGUUGGAAUAUACCACCAAGAAAGAAUACAAGAUGCCUGACUUGUCACCGGCUAGCUGGAAUGAUUUGAUCAACCGUUUUGACAAUGAUGCGUUCCUGUUCCAGAAAUUCCAUACCCACUACUACCGGAACAAAGACCAAGAACCCCUCUGCCCAUUCGAGGAAAAAUGCCGAAAAGAAUUCACCUGUGCCCUGAGAUCGGCCCGAUCCUACGACAGCGCCACUUUCUGCCCCGCA